GGAUCCGUGGACAAGCUGCCCGCCGUGGCGGACAAGCUGGUGCAGGUCAAGAACAACCUGUCCGAGGACGCGGCGAAGGCGUACCAGGCCUUGCAGAUAGCCUUGCAGCGCCACAGUGACCCCCACGGAGCGAGCUCGGUGAAUUUUGAAAAGAUGUUCUACGACUGUCUCAGUGCCGUGUUCCCUGAGGCGUGGGACGUGCAGGCAAGACAGAUAGGUGGCCAGAACCAGUGGGAGGUCACGGUGGACGGAGGCCCGCCCAUGUACUGUUCGGUCCGGCUGGAGGUCUUAAGCGAAGACUCUGGCUUCCUGAAGAACUUGAAAGAGAAGGCUCGGGUGGUGAAGGACACGCUGCUGGAGGACGAGGGAAAGUGGAAGCGCACGCUGCAGCCAGAGUACGGCCUCUUUUCCAUGGACAAGCUGUCCCAGUUCGAGGAGGAGUGCAGCCAGCGCUGCUCCCAGGAGAGCGCCGGGGCCUCCAGGUAUGGCCGGAACCAGCACCAGUGGGUGGAGCGCGGCGCUCUCUGCCAAAUUUGCAAUCGGUCGAAGAACGACGACUUGCUGAACGGCCAGCACAUGUGCGUGGUCUGCGCCACCUUCCAGUGCACUGAUUGCCGCUACUCGUGGACGUCACACCAUGGCCGGCUGAAGCCGGACGGGUCGACGUUGAUGGGCCAGCAGUGCAUGAAGUGCAGGGGCAGGGGCUCCUCCGUGGAGUGGCGCGUGGUGAACCGCCAGGAGCGGGAGUACGAGCAGGACCGGAGAAACAAUCGAGAGAGCAAGGGCGCGCACCAGAACGAGCUCUGCGAUGCGUGCCGCGAGUUCGGCAACUGCACGGGCGUGUUCUACGACCCUUUCAUUCUCACAACGGCUCUGCAGAUCGUCAGCGGGUCGGACGUGACCUGGAAGGCAUUCAGCGCGGAGAUGCCUGAGCUGCUUGUUGCGGACAUGCCCACGCACCCCGACCUGCAGGUUGUCCUGCAGCCGCACGUGUACGUUCCCAACGACGACUCCAGGGACAAGAGCGAUACGGCGGCGGGUACGGCGGGUACGGCGGCAGAAAUGGCAACAGAGGAGGCGACAGCUACGACACCAGGGGCGGCUACGACGGCUACGACGCCGACCGCUCCUCUGUUCGCAGGAGAGCGCCAAGGGCGGCGGCGGCAAGGGCGGCGGCGGGGGCUGGCAGGAGGGACGGACAAUUAUUCGAGCUACGUGGCGCCGCCGCUGCGCUCGUCGGACAGGCCCACCGGCGUCGUAAAGGACGAGGCCGCCUUCCAGCGCUACCUCAGCCGACCAGCUCAAGGCUGGCGGUGCCGACACCUCUGGUGGCAGAGUACUCUUCGGAUGGCACUCGUGCGCGUGGGCGCGACUUCUGUGGAGCGGAGGCUCCUGUCUGGGUUGCCGCCGACGUGGCAGGCGGCGUACCUGCACUUCGCGGUGGCGCUCGGGCUCGCCGUCGGGUCGCAGUGGAUGAUCAACGCCGUCAAGGUGUCCGUUUUCUUCGAGCAGUGCGGUGCCUCUCGCGAGCCGACCGCAAAGUCGUUGGUGCCCGUGGCCCUUUUCCCCCUCGUCUUCUUGUACAACGUCCUGGUCAGCACGGUACGUGACGUGAAGCGGCUGGUUCUUAUCAUUUGCGGCGUGUACUCUGUUGGGUACGCGGUCAUCGCAGGCGGCUUCCUGCUCGAGGCAGAAGGCGUCGGGCCAUCGCUGGCCUGGGCGCUCUUCCUCCUGACGGAGACCAAGGCCGCCCUGCUGCCCUCGAUGCUGUGGUCCGUCAUCCACGACGUGUCGCCUCCGGAGUUCGCCAAGAAGGCGUGCCCGGGAGGUCUUCGGUGGCGACUCGGCGGCCUCGCGGGCUCCGCGUGCGCCACCGGCGCCGCCGGGCUCGGCGGCGCCCCGGGCCUGCUGCUGGGCCAGGCCGCGGCGCUGCUGGCGGCCGCCGCCCUGGCCUGGGGGGGCUGCACGCGCGCCGCCGCGGCCAGCGCCCUCCCGGCCGUCGCGGGGGAGCGCGUGCGGGAGAGCCCUCGGCAGACACGCUGGAGCAGCCCGGCCAGCCCAUACAUACGCCCCAGCCAGCCCGGUCCAGCCCAGCCGGCCGGCCCAGCCGCCGACAGUGGAGUUGCCCGCGCUGGGCUGGCGGAGCUCGCUCGGCUGCAGGUCUACAGGGCUGUCGAGGGGCUGCCGCUGAUCUUCUCGAAGCCCUACGUCGCUAUGGUGGUGUGGGUAUCCUCGGCUCACCUGGUGCCGCGCAUCAUGAUGGAGUACCAGAGCAGCGUGCUGAUCGCGAAGGAGAUUCCCGACAAGGACGCGCGGAUCUCGGCGCUCGGCAGGGUCUCCCUCGCCUGCAAUGUGUGCUCCGUCCUGAUGGGGCUCGUCGGCACUCGAUCCAUCGUGGAGCGCCGAGGUGUUGGCUCGGCUUUGCUUCUGCUGCCGCUCGUGACCAUGGUCUCGUACUUCACGAUCAGCCUGCGCUAUGAGUGCUGGGUCGUCCAGGCCGUGAUGGUCAUGAUCAACACCGUGGAGCACAGCCUGAACGGUCCCUGCCGCGAGCUGCUGUACGUCAGAACUUCGCGCGACAUCAAGUACAAGGUAAAGAGCUGGAGCGACAUCUACGGGAACAACCUGCAGAAGACUCUGGGGGCGCAGCUCAACCUCCACGUCAACAGGGAGCUCCCGGAGUGCCAGCCCUCCUGCUUCAACAGGACCGACCGCCACGCUCAGCAUCGUGGGCGCCUGGGUUGCCCUCUGGGUGAGCGUGGUGCGCCCGCUUGGGAGGAGGCACGCAGAGCUGGAGCGCCAGGACGGCAAGGUCAGCUGAGAGGCACGCCUAGCUCUGGAGCGCCAGGGCGGCAACAAAAAGUGAGAGCACGAUGCUUCGGCCUCAGGACGUUCGACGCAUGUGCACAAACUUACGACCUGUGA